AUGCUCAGCGUUCGAGAAGACGUGUCCUCUAGUUCUAAUCUGGAGGGGCUUGUUCGUGGUCUAUGCAUCGUGCUGUCAAUUGGCCUCCUUUCAUUCACUGACUCACAUGUGUACCGAUUUGAUCUCAAGGUUUGGAACAAAGAGAUGGAAGAGAUUGCUGUUGGCCUGGAUGAAUAUAGUUUCCAGCCCCGGAAGCUGGCUUGUCUCGACGAUUUCGUCGGCGGUCCGGCGUGGAUCUUGGGACAAGGUACUAAGAAAGAGCAGCAGCAGCAAGAAGGAAUGAAACUUUCGAUCACCAUUCAAGACCUUCAAGAGCUGUGGGGCCCUGUGUCGCUGCUUGGGGACCAGCUCGUACACCCCCUUAUCCACUGGACAACCGAGGUUCCAGAAUGCCUCACCGAGAAGAGUUCAGAAGUGCCAAUCCUACUCAGCAAUACAUCCAGGAUCUUAAUCGGGACGACCAGUGAGACCAAGGUCGGCCUUGUUGUCAAUCAAAAGUGCAAGUCGUCAAUCGCGACCAUUCAUCAGCAGAUUGCCUGUCGGCUCCUGUAUCCAGGGACAUGCAAAUCAAGCUACAUGAGUGAUGGCUAUGACGUCCAACUGGUCGGCGGCCAAUAUGUCACAGCAGGAAUAAUAAAGAAGUACAAGCGGAUCCUGAAGCGCACACUCAAGGCAAUGCUCAUUGAAGAUUGUGCGAAGCCAGGCACAGGACUGGUACCCCUUCUCAAUCUCCGCGUGGGAUUGGAAGUGAUUGCAUGCACCGGCAACGCCCAGCGAGUGACGCUGUGGGAUGCACUCCGCCUCUCUCAGGCAAGUAUCGAGUCCACCGAUGAUCCCAUGUAUUGCGCGCACGAGAUCGGCGAUAGACUCUGCAUCAGUUCAUGCUGGACUCGGUGCCGGUCUGUAGACGAUAUAGAUUGCGAUGAUAUGCCCAGGCAGGGCAAGCCCUUCAGUGGCAUUGAAUCCCGGCGUGUAAUCAUCAGCUCCAUCCUCGCACUUAAGCAUUCGGGUGUAGAUAGUGAAGGGAAUCUUCCGGUCUCCUGA